GGAGAGGUACAAGUAGGGCGGCCAUUACUGCGGCAGUCAUCCUUUUUUUCCGAGCGUGGACCCUAGUCGGCCCGCCUUACUCGGCUUCUCCGCCCCGCACAGGGACCUUGUACUGUCAUGCGGCUGCCGGGGCAACUUCCUUCCUCUCCGGGCAAGAUGGCGGGGGGCGAAGCUGGGGUGACUCUGGGGCAGCCACAUCUUUCUCGGCAGGAUCUCGCCACGUUGGAUGUUACCAAGUUGACUCCACUUUCACACGAAGUUAUCAGCAGGCAAGCCACAAUUAACAUAGGUACAAUUGGUCAUGUAGCUCAUGGGAAAUCCACAGUUGUAAAAGCUAUUUCUGGAGUCCAUACUGUCAGGUUCAAAAAUGAACUAGAAAGAAAUAUUACAAUCAAGCUGGGAUAUGCUAAUGCUAAGAUUUACAAACUUGAUGACCCAAGUUGUCCUCGGCCAGAAUGUUAUCGAUCAUGUGGAAGUAGUACACCUGAUGAGUUUCCUACGGACAUUCCAGGCACCAAAGGGAACUUCAAAUUAGUCAGACAUGUUUCCUUUGUUGACUGUCCUGGCCAUGAUAUCCUGAUGGCUACUAUGCUGAACGGUGCAGCAGUGAUGGAUGCGGCUCUUCUGUUGAUAGCUGGUAAUGAAUCUUGCCCUCAGCCUCAGACUUCCGAACACCUGGCUGCUAUAGAAAUCAUGAAACUGAAGCAUAUUUUGAUUCUACAAAAUAAAAUCGAUUUAGUAAAAGAAAGUCAGGCAAAAGAACAGUAUGAACAGAUCCUUGCAUUUGUACAAGGUACAGUAGCAGAAGGAGCUCCCAUUAUUCCAAUUUCUGCUCAGCUGAAAUACAAUAUUGAAGUUGUCUGUGAGUACAUAGUAAAGAAAAUUCCAGUACCCCCACGAGAUUUUACUUCAGAGCCCCGACUUAUAGUAAUUAGGUCAUUUGAUGUCAACAAACCUGGUUGUGAAGUUGAUGACCUUAAGGGGGGAGUAGCUGGUGGUAGUAUUCUAAAAGGAGUAUUAAAGGUGGGCCAGGAGAUAGAAGUUAGACCUGGCAUUGUUUCCAAAGAUAGUGAAGGAAAACUCAUGUGUAAACCAAUCUUUUCCAAAAUUGUAUCACUUUUUGCGGAGCAUAAUGAUCUUCAGUAUGCUGCUCCAGGCGGUCUUAUUGGAGUUGGAACAAAAAUUGACCCUACUUUGUGCCGUGCUGACAGAAUGGUGGGACAGGUGCUUGGUGCGGUUGGAGCUUUACCUGAAAUCUUUACAGAAUUGGAAAUUUCAUAUUUCUUGCUUAGACGCCUUCUAGGUGUACGCACUGAAGGAGACAAGAAAGCAGCGAAAGUACAAAAGCUGUCUAAGAAUGAAGUGCUCAUGGUGAAUAUUGGAUCCCUGUCCACAGGGGGGAGAGUCAGCGCUGUCAAGGCUGAUUUGGGCAAAAUUGUUUUGACUAAUCCUGUAUGCACAGAAGUAGGAGAGAAAAUUGCCCUUAGCCGAAGAGUUGAGAAGCACUGGCGUUUAAUUGGCUGGGGUCAGAUAAGAAGAGGAGUGACAAUCAAGCCAACAGUAGAUGAUGACUGAAGAAUCCCAGUUAACAAUACAUUUGGAUGAAGUUGGAAUUUCUCUUACAACCUAGGGGUAUAUUUUCGUAGUAAUACUAGGGAAUUAAUUUCCCAGUUCAUUACCUUAGUAGGUAGCUGUAAGGUUAUUCUCAUUAGUUGUUGAUGAAAAUUUAACCUCUAGGACUGAAAAGAGUCUACAAUAAAUACAAAAAUUGGUAUGUUGGAUCAGGUAAAAUGAUAGAUUUACAUUUUAGCUGAAAUAAUGUCAAAUUUAUACAUCAAGGCAGGUUUGAGAUGAAACUGCUACAACCAGCCUUUUUGUAGCACACAUACCACUGAACCUGUUUAAAAUAAAGCUUUUCAUUUUUCUUUUUCAUUAUUCGUCUUUCAGUAGCUCCAGCCUACAGGACUGUUGUACUGGUAGAAACUUGGAGACAUAAAUUCUGCUUGAAGACCAGCCCCCUCCUUUUUGUCCCCGUGUUUCAUUUUGCUUUAUUUUUGAAAUUUUGAUUGGAAAAGAGAUUAAUAGGUUCAGAUGGCAUUGUCCUUAGAGGAUGAAUGUUCAUUCCCACGGACAAGUGUCUUCUCACUCUUCCUGGACUGGAACACAGGAAAUGAGAGCCAGGCGGUCUUACCCUCCUUGUAAUGCCCUGAGAUUAUUUCUGCAUUGAUUAACACCUGAAACCUGGCUGUCUUCCAUUGGAAAUUAGUGUUCUACCAAAUGAUUCUACUUAAGGAGCAAAGAUCAUUCCAAGCCUGAUUUUAUUCUGCCUUCCCUAACUUUAUUAUGAUAUGAUGUAGAUUCUGAUAUUGGUAAUCUUUAUAGCUUUCAGGAGAUAAGAGAUAUUAGAAAGCAAAAGGUGAAUCCUUUUGGUUUUUAAGAUAUUUUCUGUGUCCCUGCACUUUUCCUGUGCUGUGCUUUUAAAUUUUUUAUUUAUUUAUAUUUUACAUCAUAGGAUUGUUAGAGUGGUGAGUCUCAACUGUAGCUGACAUUAGAAUUGCUGGAGAAGCUUUAAAAAAUAUGCCCCACAGAAAUUCUGAUUUAAUUGGCAUGAAGUACAAUUUCUAAAACUCCCAGUAUUGGGGAGAGUUGAGAAGUAGGCUUAUUAAAUAACAGAGUUUUGCUGAGUCUUUGUAGUCUGAUAGUAAGCUUUGGUUUGCUUUUCUAAAAGUGGUAUUCAGAUAGGGUUUGAUGCCACAGUCAUAUUGUGCUCUUUGGGAUGUUGAAGCUGCCUUGUAGAGUUUAGAAGUUGUGGCUGUGGGUCAUAUAUAAGAUUUUAAAUUUUGAGGAAAUAUAUUAAUGUCAUAUACUUGGUUGACUUUGAAGGGUUGUGUUGUAGCAUGAGGAAAACACAUUUAAAUAAAACAGUUCUAAAUCAAGCAUUAUUUUAUACCUGACAUGUCCCCAUGUGUUUUGCAAGCAUCUUCCACCAGAAAUUCUGGAAUAAGCUCCAAAAUAUUGACUGAUGUACUGUAAUUAAUCUCAAGUCAACUGUCACUGGAAAUCUGUCGCACUUAAUUUCAAGCAUCACAUGUACUUCAACAACUUUGGGAGGCACUCUGCUUAGUGAAAUGGGUAUAUAUAGAUGUGAAAACAACAAACCUAUUUUUCAUGGAACUGGGAGUCAGUGCUAUGAUUCUCAGCAAAAGGUGUACGUGGUUGAGAGUUCUACGUGUAACGUGAUGUUACUGAUGAACGUACGUUGCAUAUGUAAACCCUCUUGGCUCUACUGUCAAGGUAUUUUCACUUCCCCUGCUUCCACCCUAGUCAAAGCCACCAGUGGUUUCUACCAACAAUAGCCGCCUAACUCCUCCCUGCUUCUAUUCUUGUCCUACUGCAGUCUGUUCCUGAAACAGUAGCCAGAGUUGGCACUUUUGUAAGAGAAUGCUAUGUACAACUCUAUGAAAAUAAAUUGUGCAGUUUUGCAGAAAUGAGGGACAUGAAGACAGUCUAACUGUGACAUCAUCCAAAUUAUUUCCAGGUUGACCUCAAAUGCUCUCUUCCAUAUUUUAAUCCUUUUAUCAAACUUCCAAAGAUGUCUGUAUGUUUAUGUGCUUGUUUUUACAAAGGAAAAAUAACUUACAGUGCAAAUAAUUGGACACUGAAACUGUGUGGAAAUUCAUUUCAGAAAAAUUUGACAUGAUGAUACUUAAUGUAAAAUGUAUGCUUUUCUGGAAAUUUUUUAACUACCAGAAAAAGCAUCUGCACCUUUGAAAGAUCGGUACUCAUGGGGCUGGUGUUGUGGCAGGUAAGGCCGUAGCCUCAAUGCCAGCAUCCCAUAUGAGCGCCAGUUCGAGUCCCCACUGCUCCACUUCUGAUCCAGCUCCCUGCUAAUGUGCUUGGGAAGGCAGUGGAGAAUGGUCCAAGUCCUUGGGCCCCUGCACCCACAUAGGAGACCCAGGAGAAGCUCCUGAUUCCUGGCUUUGGUCUGACCCUGCCCUUGGCCAUUUAGGGAAUGAACCAGCAGUUAGAAGAUUUCUCUCACACUUUGUUUCUCCCUUUCUGUAUAACUGUGCUUUUCAAAUAAAUAAAUCUUUUUUUUUUUUUUUUUUUUUUUUAAGAUUUAUUUGUUUGAAAGAGAGAGACAGUACUACAAAAGAACAAAACUGGAGGACUGAUGCUCUGGUGCAGUGGGCUAAACCUCUGCCUGUGGCACUGGCAUCCCAUAUGGGUGCUGGUUCUUGUCCGGGCUGCUCCUCUUCCUAUCCAGCUCUCUACUAUGGCCUGGGAAAGCAGUGGAGGACAGCCCAAGUGCUUGGGUCCCUGCACCCGUGUGGGAGGCCUAGGGAGGAUCCUAGCUCCUGGCUUUGGAUUGGCCCAGCUCCAGCCAUUGUGGCCAUUUGGGGAGUGAGCAGGCAAAUGGAGGACCUUUCUCUCUCCCUCUCUGUAACUGUACCUCUCAAAUAAAUCUUUAAAAAAAAAAAACAAAAAAAAAA